AUGUUAUUUAAUAAUACAACUUACAUCAUUAAAUUUACUCUUUUAUUAGUAAUUUUAUCACAAAUUACAAAAAUACAAGCAAUGGAGGUUGCUCUAGCAUCACCUUACUUAGCACUCAAAGUGAACUUAACUUCAAAUAAUGAAUAUUGCUGGAUUUUGGAGCAUUCUGCGUAUAUGGCACCUAACGAAACCCAUGGAAUGAGCAUUUGGGUAACAACUUUGGGGGAUACAGAGUUCGAAGCAUUCCGUUUUUGGAAGGAAAUUAACGGUUCUUUAGUAGAGUCUGGAGAAACAGAACUCAUCAAUAAUGAUAUAACGGCUAAUCCAAAAUUAUACGGAUAUAAUUCUACGUACGAUUAUUGUGUAGAAGUUGAGAAAUAUCAAUUCGAUUUACCAGUAAGACAAUAUUUGACAAAGGUAUCGUAUCCACCUAUUUCUAACAAUACAAAAGUAUUCAGAAAUAAACGCAGCGUAGAUAAUGAUUGCUGGAAUGAGCCUUGCUAUGACGUAAGAGAUUGCCUUGUUAUUGAUAGGGCUUGUGCACAUUGUGAGAAAUAUCCUGGGAUGAGACAACAAGAUUGUGAAUAUCAAUAUACUGAAAAUAUUGCUGGAUUUCGUUGGGUAUGUUGGAUGGAUUAUUUAAGACACUGCCAUAAAUAA